AUGGGAAUACAAGGGCUACUGCCUCUGUUGAAAUCGAUAAUGUUACCGAUUCAUAUCAAAGAGCUUGAGGGUUGUUGUGUGGCUGUUGAUACCUAUUCUUGGCUCCACAAAGGUGCUUUUUCUUGUAGCAGGGAGCUCUGCAAGGGCUUACCCACCUCCAGGCACAUUGGAUAUUGCAUGCAUAGAGUAAAUUUGCUGCGGCAUUAUGGUGUUAAACCUAUUCUUGUCUUCGAUGGGGGUCUUCUACCGAUGAAGAUUGAACAAGAGAACAAGCGUGCCAGGGCAAGGAAGGAAAAUCUUGCACGUGCCAUUGAGCGUGAAUCAGAUGGGAAUACUUCUGCUGCUUAUGAUUUCUACCAAAAAGCUGUUGAUAUUUCUCCUUCAAUUGCACAUGAUCUAAUUCAGGUAUUAAAGCAAGAGAAUGUAUGUUAUGUUGUGGCUCCUUAUGAGGCUGAUGCCCAAAUGACCUUCUUGGCAAUCAGCAGACAGGUUGAUGCAAUUAUCACUGAAGACUCUGAUCUUAUAGCAUUUGGCUGCCCUAGAAUAAUCUUUAAAAUGGACAAGUUUGGGCAAGGUGUUCAGUUUCAGUAUUCCAUGCUGCAGAAAAAUAAGGACCUCAGUUUUGCAGGAUUCACUAAGCAAAUGGUUCUUGAGAUGUGCAUCUUGAGUGGUUGUGACUAUUUGCAGUCACUGCCAGGAAUGGGCCUAAAAAGGGCUCACGCACUUAUUAGUAAAUUCAAAAGUUAUGAAAAGGUUAUUAAGCACUUGAAGUACAGUACAGUUUCAGUUCCUCCUUUAUAUGAAGAAUCAUUCAAGAAAGCACUAUUGACUUUCCAGCAUCAACGGGUUUAUGAUCCAAUCACUGAAGAUAUUGUACAUUUGUCUGACAUAUCCAACAGCAAUGGUGAUGAUUUGGACUUUUUAGGCCCAUUGAUACCACAGCCUAUAGCUAAAGGUAUAGCACAAGGUGAUCUUGACCCUUUUACUCAAAUGCCAUUCCAGGGAGGCAGUGAUAGUUCUCAGCUCGUGCUUGACAAAAAUUCACACCCGAAAAAAUUUGGGCCUGAAAGUGAAAGGAAAAAGCUUGUUUUGCCUGUGCAGAAGAAUCUCCUGACCAAGUAUUUUUGUAUCCUUUGA